AUGACCACAGUACAUUUAGUUCUUGUUUUAGCUGCUGCACAUAAUUGGUAUCUGCACCAAUUAGAUGUAAAUAAUACUUUUUUACAUGGUGACCUUAAUGAAGAAGUAUACAUGAUUUUGCCUUCUGCCCUUGGAUAUGUACAAAGCAAGUCGGACCACUCACUGUUCACAAAGAAGAGAGAUGUUUUCUUUACUACUUUGCUAGUUUGUGUAGAUGAUAUCAUUUUGGCAGGAAAUAACAUGGAGGAGAUAUAUACAGUCGAAUUCUUUCUCGAUACUUCUUUCAAAAUCAAUGAUCUAGAAGAACUAAAAUUUUUUCUAGAUUUGGAAAUUGGAAGAUCUCCAAAAGGGAUUAUCCUUAAUCAAAGAAAAUAUGCCCUGGAAAUUCUUUCUAAUGUAGGAUACUUAGCUUCCAAGCCAGUCAAAACUCCCAUGGACACUACUCACAAAUUGCAACAAGACAAGGGUUCUCUACUUGAUGAUUGUGCAACUUACAGAAGGUUAGUGGGUAGAUUCUUAUAUCUUACCACAACCAUACCUGACCUUAGCUUUGCAGUUCAACAACUCACCAAAUCUAAUUUUAAAUUAAAAGGUUUCAGUGAUUUAGACUGGACUGACUGCAUUAACACUCGCAAAUCAGUUACAGGUUUUUAUGUCUUCUUAGGCUCAACCUUAAUUUCUUGGAAAUUUAAAAAGAAAACUACUGUCUCUCGUUUAUUUUCUAAAGCUGAAUAUAGAGCACUUGCAGCUGUAACCCGUGAACUUCGAUGGCUCACUUACCUCCGUGAUGAUCUUCAGGUUUCUCACCACAUCACUAGCUUUAAUCUACUGUGA